AUGUCUCGAGCGAUGAAUGAUGAAGAGGUUCUCAAUGAGAUGAACAAGAUGGUUGCUUUCAUCAAGCAGGAAGCGAUGGAGAAAGCGCGGGAGAUACGUGUCAAGGCCGACGAGGAAUUCGCUAUAGAGAAGGCGAAACUGGUCAAGCAGGAGCAGCAGGCUAUCGACGCACAAUAUGAGAAGAAGCGCAAAGGCGCUGAGGUUUCGCAGAAGAUUGCACAAUCCACACUGACCAACAAAUCUCGUUUGAAGCUUUUGCAUCGCCGAGAAGAACAUCUCCAAGAGCUCUUCUCUUCAACUCGUACUCUUGCUCUUCAACUUGCAAAAGAUGACUCCCGAUAUGUUCAGUUCCUCGAAGGGGUCAUUGUUCAAGGAUUUCUGCAAGUAUACGAGUCAACUGUGACAGUUCAUUGCCGCAACCGCGAUGUCCAACUCGCCGAACAGGCUGCCACCAGUGCUGCCAAUACUUUCAAGGAGCUCAGUGGACGGGAUAUCAAGUUUGAGGUCGAUGGGAGUCUCGGAAAUGAUAGUGCUGGUGGAGUGAAGCUUGUGAGUGGGUCUAGGAGGAUCACUCUCGACAACACUUUGGAUGAACGCUUGCAUUUGUUGGAGGAUCGUAUGCUACCCGAGAUACGCACAGACCUAUUCGGGGCUAACUCGAAUCGCAAAUUCUACAAUUGA